AUGAAAAUUUAUUUUAUAAUAGCAGUAAUUUCCAUAUUCAUUAAUGCUAAAGACACUUAAGAUGAGGUCAGAAGUUGUAUAAUGCAAUCAUUGUCUUCAACAUAAAAAUGCAAAAAUCAAUAUACAAAAUGUUUUGAUGAUAUUGACUGCAAUAAUUAAUUUGAUGACCUUUUUCGAAAUUGCAUUAUUCCAGGGGGAAGUUCUACAUACGAAAGUUAUUGUGUCAAUAUGGGUUUUAUUUAAAUUAGUAAUGUGAUGUUGUCAGGUAAUAUGAAUUAGUAUAAUACAAGAUUUAUUUGAUUGUUUAGUCAGAUAAUGUAAUAUAAUGCAAGGGAAACUAACUCAUAUAAAAGUUUAAUCAAAUAUUUCUGAUUGUCUUUCAGAAGCUCUAUUAGAUUCUUCAAAAUGUUGGAUUUAAUCUAAAGAUUGCAAAUAAUAAUGCGAAGAACAAUUGAAUAUGAUUUCUGAUUGUGAAAGUCACAUAAGCAAGAAUGAUGUCUAAAACACAAGGAAAUGUUUCGAUUCUAAAUCCUUUAGUGAUACUAAGGCAAAGGAAAUCAAAUAGUGUCUUAUGCUAUCAUGUUUGUGAUUUUAGAUUUAUGCAUAUAAUCAUU